CAAGACCAAACGCUCUUUGCAGCGCACCGUGUAAACUCAGGCAUCACCCCACAAAAUAUUCACUAGACAAGUCGAUACUCAGGCAAGAUUGAGCAGCAAUCAGAAUCUCGAAGUUACUCGACUGCCUGCGUCUAGCCAGAACGGGGCUUAAUCUUCACCCCGCCAUGCCCAUCACCAUCAUAGCCCCCCGGCCCUCGCGGCCUAUCAACGACCCCGAAGAUGUCGUCUCAGAUAUGUCAUACGACUCGGAGGACGAAUCCACAGAUGGCGGCGCGGACCUAGAAGGCGACAUCCCCAUGAAGUCAUCCGGCACCAGCAGAUCCCGCGGUCCGCGACUCUUCAGCAAAACCGACAGCGACAUCGUCACCCCCGGCGAGCUCAUCACUUCAGACCCGCAAUUCAUGCGCGGCCAUGGCACCUACCUCUCUCACUCUCAACUACAACAAGGCGGCGACGACAACGGUCCACAGGCGGCAAUCAUCUCCUCGGUAGCCGGCACCCUGACACGCACCAACAAGCUCCUCUCCGUGCGCCCCCUCCGGGCACGGUACGCGCCUGAGGUCGGCGACUUAGUAGUAGGGCGCAUCACCGAGGUGCAGGCGCGGCGGUGGCGGGUGGACGUGGGCGCCGCGCAGCUGGCUUCCUUACCACUAAGCGCCAUCAACCUGCCAGGCGGGAUAUUGCGCAAGCGGACCGAGACGGACGAGCUGCAGAUCCGCACCUUUUUCGCCGAGGGCGAUUUGCUCGUCGCCGAGGUGCAGCAGCUCUUUGGCGACGGCGGGGCCGUGCUGCACACGCGCUCGCUCCGCUACGGCAAGCUCCGCAACGGUGUCUUUGUUGCCGUUGCCGGUAUGGGCGGGAGUGAAGGGGGCGGCGUAGUGAGGAGCCGCAGGCAGGUCUGGACCAUGGAGACGGCUCACGGUGGUGGUCCCGUCGAUGUCAUACUCGGCGUGAACGGGUACGUCUGGAUUAGCAAGCACGUCGAGACGGCAACCUCAGGUGAAGCCGAGGCGAAGACGGGGAUUACCAAUAUGGAAGAAGGGGUCAGCGCGACCAUGUACUCAAGCCAGAACGAUCGGAUCGGGGUAGAGACGAUGCGCGAGAUCGCGAGGUUACGCGGCGUUGUGACAGCGCUGGUAGAGAAUGGGCUCCGGGUGGAUGAGGACAUGGUAACGAGGGGCUAUCACGAAGCGGUGGAGAUGGCAUUGGUGUCGGCAGAUGGGGUGGACGACAUCUAUCUCGGCGGAGAAAAGGGCCAGCAGUUGGCUGCAACGCUCACUGGGCGAUAAUGGUCCUAAGAUCAGAGAGGGAUGGUUUAAAAACGAUAAUGAGUAUAAUUGACUCUUGAGUACUUGGGCACCGGCCUAGAAUUCUCCAACAACAUAAAACAGAAAAUAUGGGUGAAUGUGACCUGGUAUCCUCGGAUGAUAAACAGAAAGUAUCUACAUAAGAAAUAUUAAGAAGGACGGA